CAUGCAAAUAUUUGUGAGGUUAUGUCAUUCAGAUGUUUAUGUUUUGUUGUGCGUAAAACGAAUGAGUUUGUGGGAAAAUAAUGUCCUCCAUGGAAAAGGAUUUUUGUGAGCUAUGCACGAAGGAGAAAGCAAAGUAUUCCUGUCCAAGAUGCAAUCUCCUCUAUUGCUCUGUUCCAUGCUACCAAAGCCAGGCACAUCUCCAGUGCUCUGAGAACUUCUACCGAGAAUGCAUUGAGGAAGAGAUGGUUUCGACGAAAAAUCCCAGCGAGAUUGGAGAAUCAACUAAGAAAAUGUACGAGAUUCUCAAAAGGAUGAAGCACUUGGAUGACAAUGGCGAAGAAGAUGAUAUUGAGGAGAUUUUCAAUCCAUCUCUCAAUGAGAGCAGUGGGGAGAGUGAUUUGGAUUCAGACGACGAUACCCCAGCUGCUGAUCUUGCCUGCCGACUCGAUGGAGUUGAUCUCAAUGAUCCGGAAGCUGUGUGGAGUAAGCUGACAAAAGAGGAACAGCAGGAAUUUGAAUCAAUAAUCAAUGCUGGUGAUAUUACAAAUCUCGUUCCUGUGAAUACCCCGUGGUGGGUAAAAUUGAGCGAAGAGAAGCUGGUUAGAGAAGCAUCAUCCGUGGAAGAGUCAAAUCAUCCAGAGAUACUCAGCAACAUUAGGAACUUCAAGGAAAUUUCCCGAAUAACUCCUGCCCCGUGUGUUCGUCACAAUCUUACAAAUAUCCUGGCAGCCUAUGCCUUCUCUGUGCGCUACUUCAACGGAGAUUACGUGAAUAAUCCUCAGGAAUUUGCUGGACUCCUUGCAAACAUUUCCGGGAAUAUCAAAUGCAAUGCUAACUAUGAUUCAGAUCUUCUUGCCAUUGAAUCCGUGGCACAUGAAGCUCAAAAUGAGGGUAUUGCUCUGGACAGUGAGACCAAACGGGCACUGCAGGAAGAUGUGGAAAUGAUUCUCCGGAAAAGUCCUCAAAAUAUUGCCGUCCUGGCAGCUCUAUCGGACAUCCACAGAAUCCUGGCAUCAGCAAAAAAGCCAAAAGAGAAGGAAAAAUCAUCAUCGGGAGUAUUUUCGAAGAAAUUCAUCGAUAGGGCAGGAUUGAAGGAAAUUGAGCAAUCCCGCAUUAGAGUUUAUUUGAAGAAAAUUGAGUUUUUCUUGGCCUUUUCCAAGGACAUUCUAUAAAAAAAUAAAUUAUUUAAUUUUUAAUAUGCUAAAAA